CACCUUUUUCAUUAUUUGUUAUUCACUUUCUCCCCUUUCUCUAAACAAUUGUUGAUUAAUUUACCAAAUCAACAAGUUGUACAAUUGACAAAUGAAUGAUGAUUUGUUUAACAAACAAAUAGUAUCAAUUGAUUGUAGUGAUUCUUCAUUGGACAAUAUACUGUCAAAGUGCAAUGAAUUUAAACUAAUUACAUUAACACCUGAUCCAAAAAUGUUGUCAUCAGGGUCAUCUUCUGUUUCUUCCCUGUCUUCCUCGUCCUCUUCACUUUCUUCUUCUCCUGCUUCCUCCAUUUCGCCCAAUGUGACCUCGUUAACGAUAUCAUCCGUCUCCAAAGUCAAUGGUAAUCGGAAAUGGUCCAAUGGUGAAAAACAAGUUCAACUGGCAUCAUCAAUCAAUGAUGCUGUCACCAAAGUAUUGAAUGGUUAUGAUUGGACAUUGGUUACAACAGCUUCUCGCUCAGCGUCAACAGCCAAACUCAAGAUUCACGUUAAAAGACCAAUGAAUGCUUUCAUGGUUUGGGCUCAAGCAGCAAGAAGGAAACUUGCAGAUCAAUAUCCUCAUCUUCAUAACGCCGAAUUGAGUAAAUCACUAGGUAAACUGUGGAGGUAAGUCAUCAUUUAUAUGCAACAAGCGAAUUGAA